UCCAUCCCUUGUUCUAAUAUCGGGUGCACUUGGUCAUUGUAUGCUUUGUUUGAGAAGCAACUCAGUAAUAAAUGGCAACAAACUUUAAUUUAAUUUAAUUAAUUCCUUUAACUUAGCUGUAUCUGAAGUUUAUCUGCUUCGGAAUAGUGAACACGACUAGAUGCACAAUUUGAAAUUCAAGAGUUUGUAUAUUUCGCAAUGAUCACGAAAGCUUUCACAUUGCUAAGCGGACGGAAUCUUUGCAAUUGCAUUCGCAACAGAAGCAUUUCGAAUUGAAGUUACCAGUGAUGGUUUUGUUGGAACUUUUGAAAGACUUGAAAACAGAUGAAAAAGCAGAUGAGAGAGGUAUCGGAUUGGAUAGCUGUGUGAUUCCUUUGCGACACCAAGGCUUGUUUCUCGUCCAGACGACAGAUUUUUUCUACCCUGUUGUUGAUGACCCGUACCUAAUGGGCAGGAUCACUUGCGCAAAUGUUUUGAGCGAUCUGUAUGCGAUGGGAGUGGUUGACUGUGACAAUAUGUUGAUUUUGCUUGGCAUACCUAAGGAUAUCAGUGACAAAGAGCGGGAUAUUGUUGCCACCAAUUUCUUCGAUGGUUUCAAGGAUACUGCAAAAGAAGCUGGCACUGCCAUCAGAGGUGGUCAGACGGUGUGUUGUCCUUGGUUGCUGCUAGGCGGAGUAGCUACAAGUGUGUGCAGCACUAAUGAAAUAGCCACGGUUGACGGAGCACGCCCUGGUGAUGUUCUUUUGCUCACCAAACCACUUGGUGCCCAGGUGGCAGUAAAUUCAUAUGAAUGGCUGAAAACAGGGAAUCCACGUGUGAAGGAGCUGAAAUUAGAUGAAGCAAGAGUUGUGCGUGCGUAUCAGCAAGUCGUUGAACAAAUGUGUCGACUAAAUAGAAACGCUGCGCGUAUGAUUUUGAAAUAUGGCAUUCAUGCUUCAACAGAUGUAACUGGUUUUGGAAUUCUAGGACAUGCUGACAAUUUGGCGAAAGCACAGAAAGCGGAAGUGCGGUUUGUUAUUCAUACCCUGCCUAUAAUCGAUUACAUGGCCGAAAUCUCAAAAAUAAUGGGCAAUGGUUUCAAUCUAUUCAGCGGAACAUCUGCAGAGACAUCAGGCGGCCUCUUAAUUGCUGUCGAAAAAGAAAAGGCAGAACAAUUACGUACCGAACUGGAGCAGCUUGAUGGAUUCCCUGUAUGGCUUGUGGGCGAUGUCUUUAGUGGUUCACGUGGUGCUAUUAUUGCUGAAGACGUAAAAAUCGUCUCUAUAGCUUCGAGAAUACACCUUGUUUAA